AUGGUAACCAAAUCGUAUUAUUUUCCGACUGUACCAUCUGCUGCCCUGCCUGUCCGCCAGGCAAUAGCAGGGCUGAGGCGGCAGCUGCUGGGGACACUUGGCGAGCUGGGAUUGGUGGACGUGCAGCAAGGCAUGGAUGAGGCCAACAGCAGGAGCAACGACCCCGAGUUCGUGCGAGCGGCGCUGCUGGCUGGUCUUAUGAGUGAGGCCAACAGCAGGAGCAACGACCCCGAGUUCGUUCGAGCGGCGCAGCUGGCUGGACUGGCAUCGGCAGUGAAACGGACGCGCAGCACAACGUACAAGACGGAGGAGGAUGGGGAGGUGAACAUCCACCAGGUGCGUAUUAAUGUGGUGAAUGGAGAAGAGGGGGGGACAACGAAGGGGGAAGGAGGGGAAGGGGAGGUGUUGUGA